CCAGCUCAGAAGCACCUAUACAGGAGUGUGAUGUUGGAGAACUACAGCAACCUGGUAUCCGUGGGUUAUCUAUGCUCCAAACCUGAUAUUAUCUUCAAAUUGGAAUGAGGAGAAGAGCUGUGGAUGGUACAUGCCCAAAUCCCAAGUCAGGGCCAUCCAGAUAAAAUCUGGGAAAUUGAUGACCAUAUCAAAUGGCAUCAGGAAAACCAAGGCAAUCUGGGAAGUAUGGCAAAAAGCUAUGAAUGUACUACAUUUGGAAAACUAUGUUUUCUUAGUCAAAAUUACGUUUCUUCACAACAAAAACCUCAUAAAUGCAGCAUACUUGGAAAGAGUUUGAAAUAUAAUAUAGAUUUCUCUAAUUAUGCUGGAAAGAAUCCUAAUGUAUUUUAUGUACAUCAGGAAUCAUUCCUCCAUUCGAAACAUGAGCAAAAUGUUAUUGGAAUAAAAUGCUGUGAAAGUAAUGAAUCUGAAAAAGCUGUCAGUGAGAAGUCCCAACUUAUAUGCCAAAAAACCUUUGUGGGAGGAAAGCCCUUUGGAUGCAAUUACUGUGAGAAAGCCUUUAGCAGCAAGUCAUAUCUUAUGGUGCAUCAGCAAACUCAUGCAGAAAAGCAGCUCUAUGAAUGCAAUGAAUGUGGGAAAUACUUCAGCAGUGAAUCAUACCUCAGUGUACAUCAGAGAAUUCAUUCAGGAGAGAAACCUCAUGAGUGCAGUGAAUGUGGGAAAACAUUCUGUCUCAAUUCACAGCUUACUAUACAUCAGAGGAUUCACACAGGUAAAAAUCCCUAUGAACGCUACGAAUGUGGGAAAUUCUUCAGUAGGAAAGACCAGCUUAUUUCACAUCAGAGAACUCAUUCAGUACAUAAACCCUAUGGUUGUAAUGAAUGUGGCAAAUCUUUUGGUUUAAAAUCGCAGCUCUUUAUACAUGAAAGAGUCCAUACAGGAGAGAAACCAUAUGAAUGCAGCGAAUGUCAUAAAGCCUUUAAUACAAAGUCAAACCUUGUGGUACAUCAGAGAACCCACACAGGGGAAAAACCCUAUGGUUGCAGUCAAUGUGGAAUAGCCUUUAUGUUCAAAUCACAGCUCAUUGUACAUCAGGGUACUCAUACAGGAGUAAAGCCCUAUGGGUGCAUUCAGUGUGGGAAAGCAUUCAGUUUGAAGUCACAGCUCAUUGUACAUCAGGGAAGUCAUACAGGAAUGAAACCUUAUGUAUGCAAUGAAUGUGACAAAGCUUUCCAGAGCAAGUCAUACCUUAUUAUACAUAUGAGGACUCAUACUGGAGAGAAACUCCAUGAAUGCAAGGAUUGUGGGAAAGCCUUCAGUUUUAAUUCACAACUCAUUAUACAUCAGAGGAUUCAUACAGGAGAGAGUCCAUACAAAUGCUAUGACUGUGAGAAAACCUUUAGUCGGAAGUAUCAGCUCAUUUCACACCAGAGAACUCAUGCGGGGGAAAAACCCUAUGAAUGCAAUGAUUGUGGAAAAGCUUUUGGUUUAAAAUCUCAGCUUAUUAUACACCAGAGAACUCAUACAGGAGAGAAACCCUUUGAAUGUAGUCACUGUCAGAAAGCCUUUAAUACAAAGUCAAACCUUGUUGUACAUCAGAGAACUCAUACAGGAGAGAAACCCUAUUGUUGUAGUGAAUGUGGAAAAUCCUUUACAUUUAAAUCACAGCUUAUUGUACAUCAGGAAAUUCACACUGGAGUAAAACCUUAUGCAUGCAAUCUCUGUGAAAAAGCCUUUAGUUUGAAGUCACAGCUCAUUGUACAUCAAAGAACUCAUACAGGAGUAAAACCACAUGGAUGCAGUGAAUGUGGGAAAGCCUUCAGGAGCAAAUCAUACCUUAUUAUCCAUAUGAGAACCCAUACAGGAGAGAAGCCACAUGAAUGCAGUGAAUGUGGGAAAUCCUUUAGUUUCAACUCACAACUCAUUGUACACCAGAGAAUUCACACAGGUGAAAAUCCCUAUGAGUGCAGUGAAUGUGGUAAAGCUUUUAAUAGGAAAGAAUUGCUUAUCUCACAUCAGCGAACUCAUGCUGGGGAAAAACCUUUUGGGUGCAAUGAAUGUGGGAAAGCCUUCAGCAGCAAGUCAUACCUCAUUAUACACAUGAGAACUCAUUCAGGAGAGAAACCAUAUGAAUGUAAUGAAUGUGGGAAAGCAUUCAUUUGGAAGUCACUACUCAUUGUACAUGAGCGAACUCAUGCAGGGGAAAAUCUUUAUAAAUGCUGUCAAUGUGAGAAAUACUUCCGUGGGAAAUUACAGCUCUCUGUACACCAGAGAAUGCAUACAAGAGACAAACCCUAUGAAUGCAGUGAAUGUGGAAAAGCCUUUGUUAGGAAAUCUCAGCUCAUUGUACACCAGAGAACUCAUUCAGGAGAGAAACCUUAUGGGUGUAAUGAAUGUGGAAAAACCUUCUCUCAGAAAUCAAUCCUUAGUGCACACCAGAGAACACAUACAGGAGAGAAACCCUGUAAAUGCCCUGAAUGUGGAAAAGCCUUUCGCUGGAAGUCACAGCUCAUUAUGCAUCAGAGAACUCAUGUAGAUGACAAGCAUGUUGAUGAGUUCAGUGUGUGAAACAUUUCUAUCAAAAUGUUUCUAUUUCUAUCAGUCAAUUCCCAGAAGUUACCAACAAAAUUACAUGGGAGAAAAACUAUACAUGGAAAUGUCUUUUCCUCCAGAAAACUCAUACCAAACAGAAACUUUAUGAAUACACAGCAUAUGCAAAGGCAUCCACAGAGAGCUAUUCUUUACAUGCAAAAAGAUGUUAGGAAAUGUAUAUAGGAAUCCUGUGAAUUUAGUAAACCCUGUGAAAUUUUUCAGUAUUAAGUCAUAUCUUUUUAAUCAGUUUAUACAGGUGAAGAACCAUAUGAAUGAAAUGGAUAAUGGAAAGUUGUUAAUAUAGAGUAAUAUUCACAAAGAGAAAACUUCAUGAAGCAAAUGAAAAUAGAUGUCUUUAUUAUCAAAC